AUGGAAGAAGAAGGAAACAGUGAUCGAGGAGGGAAACAGAAGAAUGUGCUUCAGCAAGAGCAACAUUCCCUGCUUCCUUCAAAAAGAGUUCGAAGUCCGAAUUUAAUCCAUGAAUCUUCCUCUGCUUCACUGCCAUCGUUUCCUCGAUUUCUUCCUGAUUUUAACUCUCAGCCUAAGUUUCCAUUUGCUUCUGGCAGCUCUGUUCCUGUUGCUGUCGCCCCAAGAAUUGCAGCUCACACUAACUCUGUUCCAUUAACGGCGGUCGAGCAAUCGCCGCUGAUGUAUGCAACGUCGGAUCAUCGGCAGACUCACCACGAGCAACUCCUCAGGUACCACUACUGGAACGCAGCGCUCAAUGGCGUCGGUCCUCUGUUCCUGCGCCCGGCAGCGCCUUCGCUGGCCCGGGCCAAGCUCUACCGCGGGGUAAGGCAGCGGCACUGGGGAAGGUGGGUGGCAGAGAUCCGCAUUCCCCGCAACCGGAGCCGCCUGUGGCUCGGCACCUUCAACACUGCCGAGGAGGCCGCUCUCGCCUACGACCGCGAGGCCUUCAAGCUGCGCGGCGAGAGCGCGAAGCUCAACUUCCCCAAUCUUUUUCACGGGGAAAGCAGAGACGUAGCUUUGUGCUCCACCAUGACCUCCUCCACCAGCACCGCGGCUUCCUCCUCGUCCUCCUCUUCUCCGCGUGAUUCUGCCAAGGCCCCGAGCUUAGCUCCAAGCUCGGCGCCAGCUUCACCAUUUCCGAUGUUUCCGGAGAUGCCUGAAAUGUCAUGGGAGAGCGUUCAAGAGGAGGCGUGGUUCAACGCGUGGGGGCCGGGGAGCUCCAUUUGGGACGACGUCGAUGGAGCCAGCAGAUUACUCUUCCAAUCCAGGCUCGCCACCAUAUCUGAGGCACCGGAAACUGAUCCGCCCUCAAGUUCCACACUGCCAUUGCCGCCGCCGGCCACUCAGGAGACGACCACCUCUUCUCCUCCUCCUCCUUCCAUGGUUUUGUGGAAGAAGUGAGUCGUUGCAUUGCAUUUAUACGAAUCAAUGACUUCAACUACUGCAUGAGAUUAAGCAUUAAACCAUCAUUAUUUGUCACAUAUUUAGUUCUUUGUUUGACCAUGAGUAAUAAAUUCAUCUCCAACUCUUCUUGGUUGUCGAGAUUUCUCCAAGUGCUUCAAUCCUGUAGUUUGAAUCAGGUGCAUUUCUCUUUUCUAGCCCUAGGCAUUGCAUGAUAUGAAGCAGGGCACAUCAAUGGUGAGCAGUGCGUAGCUCCAGUCGAGUACUUAGUGGGUUUGUUUAUCCAACGAGAUUACAAGAUAUCAAUAAACAUCCUCAAUCAACUCAAUGCUUCAACAUCCCAAACCUUUUAUUCCCUCUGCACCUCAAAAUUUUACAAGCAAUUUCUCCAAACACUUAAUGAAAGCUUCACAUGGCACAACUCAACUA